GUGAGUGACCUCUUGUAGCUCGACUGCCGCAACAUCCAACAAACGCAACUGUGUUACCUUUGUCGCCAUCGCGGAGCGCGCGCGAAGGAUAUCACACGUCCAAGGUCGAUUCAAACGCCCGGUGACCAGACAUAUAUCAUUACGCACCCUUCACAAGCGCCAUGCCGGGCAGGACAAAGAGGCCGGACGAGGCGGCGUCACAGGAUGAUGCCAGCAUGCAGGACGCCCCUCCUUCUGCGCAGCCCGAGGAGACACCAGACGCUGCCAUGGAAGACGAUGAACAGGAGGAUGAGGACGAGGAUGAAGAGGACGAGGUGGAGGCUCAGCGGGUGAAAAUUCUGCCCGGCUCGACAGACACUGCGGCCUCGUUUGAGUUUAUUGACGAGGGGCACACCCUCGGCAACGCUCUGAGAUAUGUCAUUAUGAAGAACCCCGAUGUGGAGUUUUGCGCCUAUGCUAUUCCGCAUCCCUCUGAGCCCAAGAUGAACAUCAGAAUCCAAACAUAUGGUAAAGAUCCAGGGCCACACGACUCCGGGCAUUCGCCCCCCUCCCCCCUUGGUGGCAAAGAGCCAAGGCUGACGUACAUGCACAGAGGGCGCUGCCGUUGACGCCCUGAAAAAGGGGCUGGUAGACUUGCAGGAGGUAUGCGACGUCGUGGCGGACGAGUUCUGGACCAAAAGGGAAGCCUUCAACGCCGAAAACGGCAUCUCGAGGUGACGGGGUUCGGUCAAGGGUCGACAGGAGUCAGACUGAGUUCACAGUCGAAGCAUUUUCAUCAACAAGCAUCACGGGCUUUGGGGCGUUUGCGGGCCGUUUCCUCGUGGAACGAAAAUGGGUCUUUUUGCAAUAUAUACACACGGUAGCUGCCGCGUUUCCUCUAAUUCCGACCCUGAAAGUGAUGGUGGGUUAGUUAGUGUUUGAAUACACUACAACUGUUGGC